UGGUUUGUGUGGGCAAUGAUAUUUACUGCCAACUUCUGGGGAUGUUUGCAUUUAUUUCAUUCUUUAUUUCUGUUUCAGGAGCCUAGCAGCGUGGAGAAAAUUAUGGAAAUUGAUGAGCACAUAGGGUGUGCAAUGAGUGGUUUGAUUGCUGAUGCUCGUACACUUGUUGAACAUGCACGUGCCGAAACUCAGAAUCACAGGUUUUCAUAUGGUGAACCAAUGACUGUUGACUCGACCACACAAGCUCUAUGCGAUCUUGCCCUACGUUUCGGAGAAGGCGACGAAGAGUCCAUGUCUCGACCUUUUGGUGUCUCACUUCUUAUUGCUGGUCAUGAUGAGAAUGGGCCUAGCUUAUACUACACAGAUCCAUCUGGUACAUAUUGGCAGUGCAAUGCAAAAGCUAUAGGUUCAGGUUCUGAAGGAGCAGACAGCUCUUUGCAGGAGCAAUAUAACAAGGACUUGACUCUCCCGGAAGCGGAAACAAUAGCUCUUUCAAUCUUGAAGCAAGUAAUGGAAGAAAAGGUCACCCCAAACAAUGUUGAUAUUGCUAAGGUUGCUCCAAUAUAUCAUCUUUACUCUCCAUCUGAGGUUGAGGCUGUCAUCAGUCGCCUAUAAAGUGAAUAAUCUCAUCAUCAAUGUACUUCCUGCAUCUUGUAUUUCUCUGUCAUUGAUAUUAACAAUAUAUCUUGUAUCGGUUUCUUUUAAAGAAGAUAACACUCACUUCUGGUUGGGGUUCUAACCAGGAAAGCUAAGUUCAUGUUUCUAAACUGAUUAUUUCUUGAUCAAUGUCACCCUUAUAUUUUGGAGACAGGCUAAAGUGGUUCGCUGGACAAUGUGUAAUUUUUUGACAAUGGAUCUUCUUUUAAUACGCAAAGUCCAAACUAGAGAUGAAA